CAAAUAUGGCUGCCCCGUGAGGCCGACGCACUCGCCUUGCCCAAUAUGGUCCGACCCCGAACGAGGCCACACUCAAGUCGUCUGCCUUCUGUCCGCAGCAACUCCGUGCUAAACUAUUGUCAGUAUAAAUAGAGUGCUGCAAUCUAAUCAACAAUUGCUCCGGGAUCGAGUAGAUUACUAUAGGGGAGGGUAGGAAUAUCGUGAUCCAUGUCGAUCGGGUGAAUCUUUCGCAAUCUUCCGCAUAAACGUGCUGCUGCUGUGGCUGGCGUCUGCUGUUGCUGUCUCUCAGCGAGACUAACAAUAUGUGCCGAGCGUUCGUUUAUUAAUAGACCCCCCGCCUGAGCAUUAGACGGGCUUGCACUGUGCUCUCUGCCUGCCUUGGCCAGUAGUCUGUGCUCGGCAUUCUAGCCGCUAGGAACCGCAACAAAUUUUCGGGUGCUGGCAAUGCAUCGCCAUCGCCAUGAGCCGGCCAUUCUAUCAGCAGGAGCCGAUUUUCUAUCAGCGGCCAGUUAAUAUUAAACGCCUGCGUCACCCGGCAGGAAGCGUCUAUGGGCGCAGCUACUCGCUGGAGGAAGAGCACCAGCAUCAGCAGGAGAAUGUAGUCCCCGUCUAUCCAAAGUUCAUUUAUGCCAACCAGCGGCAUCCGAAUCAGCUGCCGUUAUACCAGCUAGGGGACUCUCUUAGCUCUUUGGACAGUGAUUUCGUAGAUGAUUACAAUGGCCCCUACAUAGUCGAGCAGCCCGUGCCUCCGCCCACUCCCAAAGUCGUGCAGAAUCUGAACGCACUGGGCAGACUCCUAGAUUUGCUGCAGCGCUGGCCAUUGCCUUGUCUCUCCUUCAACACAGCCUGCAUCUGUUCGCUCAUCAUUAUAUUUUUAGCGCCGCGGACUUGUGCACAGAGUUUAUUGUUUCCCGCUUUCAGAUUGUUCUUCGGCACCCUAUAUCCGGCCUAUGCUUCGUACAAGGCGGUGCGCACCAAGAACGUUAAGGAAUACGUAAAAUGGAUGAUGUACUGGAUUGUCUUUGCAUUUUUCACCUGCAUUGAAACAUUCACAGACAUCUUUAUAUCCUGGUUUCCAUUCUACUAUGAGGUCAAGGUGGUUCUGGUAUUCUGGCUGCUAUCGCCAGCCACAAAGGGCAGCUCCACAUUGUAUCGCAAGUUUGUGCAUCCCAUGUUGACGCGCCACGAACAGGAAAUCGACGAAUAUUUGACUCAGGCCACAGAGCGGGGAUAUUCGGCGGUGCUACAACUGGGCUCCAAAGGAGUCAACUAUGCCACCAAUGUCAUAAUGCAGACAGCCAUAAAGGGCGGCGGCAAUCUGGUUCAGACGAUCAAGAGGAGCUACAGCCUCAGUGAUCUGAGCGAGCCAGAUAUGCACCGCACCCAGGAUGAGCUGGACGUGGUGAUGAGGUCGCCCAUGUCCUCGUCGGUGGUGAUGCGCACACAGCCAACUGCAACGCGACUCCUACGGCCACGCAACCAGACGCCCGUGGGCAGAUCUGCCAGCGGCACGCGUCACUCCACUGGGAUGUACUUUACGGAGGUAGAUGUGACCGCCAAGAAUGCGGGUGACUUCAACUACAACAUACGCAGCCAGGAUGACAUCAGCUCUGGCUACUCCAGUGCCGAACCGAUUAGUGGACUCAGUCGCACUUCGUCCAUGACAAAUGCUUCCAAGGGCCGUGUCAAGUCCAAGCGCAAUGAGCAGUUGCUGGAGGAGAUGAGAGACGAGGUAUUUUUGGAGAAUCAGCUAUACUUUCAAGAUGUUCGCCAGGAAAGGGCAGAAGAAUUAAAGGGUUUUCACAAUGUCGAGAGGAUCACACAUCAUGAAGUUGAUGAAGAGGAUGCAGAAGAGGAUGACUUCUAUGAAGCCAUGCCGUUGAUAAAAACAGAUGAAGAAGAGAGAGCCGCAGAGCUCGAAGUUCUGUCAUGUGGAGAACCAAAGAAAGAAGAUCCAUUUGAAGCGGAAAAUAUGAAAACCAAAGACGAGGCAGUGGAGCAUUUGAUUCCAACUGAAACCAAGACAAAAACUUUGCAAACAGAUGAACCUAUUCGGUCGGAUGAAGCCACUCCAACCACCGAGAGCAAACUAACUGAUUUAGCAGCACCCGUCAUAGAUCCUUUUGUGCUGGUAGUACGCUCUUUGGCCACAGAUACAGAUCCGGAACCGUCCGAACGAUCGAGGCCAGUGUCGCCACGGGAACUGCGCGCCACUUUGGAGGAGAUCAAGCACAGCUUUCGGGCCCAACUAGAGCCAGAGGUACAGAUGUCACCUUCUCCCUCCCCUUCGCUGCGUCCCAGGGCCGUGCAUGGUAAGGGACGAGCACCACCGCCUCCGCCUCCGCGGCCACCAAAGCGACACUCGCUGAGUCCCCAACCAGAUGCCAUUAGCCAGACGUCGACUGGCAGUGUAGAACGCAAGUCAGGUAUCGGCCAACUGUUCCAGAAUAUCAAAGCUAACGUGCUGCGUAACAAAGCUAAUCCCAGUCAGCUGGCAGCCCCCAUGCCAGACGAGCCAGUGCCGGUUAGGGAGACGGAGAUCUAAAGACAAAUCCAUGUCUACUAGCUGCACCACCUUGCCCAGGACCAGCAGCCGCAGGACUGAAAAAUCCCAGAUAGGAAUGGCAACAUCAUCUUCU